AUGCAGGUUAUGGAGCGCGGUGUAUCUGGGGACCGUCUGCCCAUACUGCAAGUGGCGGACAGGAGUGAACAUAAAGAAGUUGCCGUGGGGUUGAUGUGUCUAAACACACAGAUCAACUACGAAGCCUUGGAGGAGAGCUUCGAACUCUCACCUUUCGCAGGUCUCAAGCAUUUAGACGACCAUUCAAAUAUCAAACGUACUAAGGACGCUGAAUCGACAAUCAGGGAGGUUGGCGUCCGACACACCGAGGAGUAUGACAUACCAUACAUGAUUGAUGUAUUGGAGCACGCACCCCGGAAAAAUGAGCUGGUCGAAUUAAUUGAGUCGAGCCUCAUUUCCCAAACGUUGGAAUCAUACGUACUUUUGAGUCGCAAUCAGCCCGUGGGUGUUGUCGUCAUUACGCCUAUCGAAGAUCCAACUUCAGUGCGGAUUCUAUACGACUUAGAACUGGAACCGAGUAAUCCUGGGACCGACGGCAAUGUGUUGGUUGGCGUAUUAUCGCCAGCUCUUGAGCCCCACAGCCGAUGGUACAUGCGAGAGGUCCUGCGAAAAAGUCGAUUCACGCAAAUGUUUUGGAGGUGUCGAACUUUCGCCAAGGGGGAGGCGAGCCCCGGCAGAAAUCUGAUGUCAUUGGCAAGUCACAUGGUGCCCGUUGCUCCAUAUCCACAUGUACCUUGCAGCGGUGCGAAAGACAACGAUAAGCACAAAGAAAGUUCGCCCUACGCCCUAUGGACCGUGAACAGAGCGAUGACAAGUUUGCCGAAGAUUUAUAUCAACAGAAGCAUUGUGGUGGUGGGAGCAAGUCGCACGGGACUUGCCUUUUUGGAGACCUUAUUGAUGGGGCCGACUUGUUCGUACCUCACUUUCACCAACCUGACGCUGAUGUCGGUGCACGGGCUGCCGACGGUGUCCGAGUGCUUGCACGCGGCCGACACGUGCGUGCCGCACGACGGCCGCUACACCGACCGCUAUCUGAAGAGCGUGCCCUACUACUUCUACGUGGACGUCAUAACGGGCGUUAUGGUCCGCAUCGAUAGACUGCCGAUGGACGACCCCCGAUACCAGCCGGACCGCGUGCCGCCCCCGCCUCACCUCCCGGAGAACGUGAUGCUCAUCAACUCGCUCUUCGACGCAAACACCUGCUUAAGGAAGUUGCUAUGGAUGAUUUCCGACUCAAAAGAUUUUGCAGACUGCCUACAUGAAAACAACAGAAUAGUCGUUUACGGGGAGUGUUUAGACGCGUAUUCCUGCAUUGCAGCUUUGCUCGAGCUCGGAAUCGAACCUAGCAUGUUGGCUUUCGUGGAACCAUUCCCACCCGAAGAUCCCGCGGCCAUGAGGGUCAAUUGUUUCAAUAAUGAGACUGUCGACGAAAGAGUUCAAUCAGGCUUGGAGGAACUCGGGAUACAGGUGUACAGACGAUGUUAUUUCCACGGCUGGAAAACAUUUGGCUCAAGGGUGGAAACUCUGCAUUUCAUGACCCAAAAUCAAGCGAUCAGUUUCCCGUGCUUCGCAUUUUUCUACUACGGGAUCAAAGCUAUCGACUUGCAGACUUUUAAAGGUCUCGGUCGGUCCCUAGCUAUAACGGAGUGCGGUCUGGUGUACGACGGCGGUCUUGUAGUGGGCACGGGGUUUGAGACGAAUGACCCGUACGUGUACGGGGCGGGAACUUGCACCGGAUAUUCGCGCCGCUACUACGCCCACAAGCACGCGCAGCGGUUCUACUGCUCCGAGGAUGUAGGAGAAGUGGUUUACGAUCUGUUGAGGUCAAGAUUUUCGUUAUACGGCGAUCACGAGAUACCGCAGUUCCAAGGAACGUGUGCAGACAUACCAAGUUGUGGAUUCGGGCCAGAGGAAGCACUUGAUCUAGGCACUUUCCGCUCUGUCAUAGAUAAAUUCGUAGCAAGAACUAGCUUGGCAGCGGUCGAAAAGGCGGCUGAUAUUCCUUCGGAGUGCGGGCAAAGUGCGGCCGUACGCGACGAAGCCCUGGGCUUCUGGAAGGCCGUGGGCGGUGAGCGCAUCGUGGUCGCCCAUCUCGCGCGCUACCUGCAACAGACCCACGCGUCGAAUCCGCAGUAUUCGUUGCCGAAACCCGAAUACUAU